AUGUGCGAGUUAGGGUCUAAGCCUGCCAUGGCACUCUGCACACACACACCAGUGCCGAGCACCUACCCUAGCGCGUCGAGUGUGCCGCCCGCCGGACCCUUCGAGUCGUUUGUGGACACCAGUUUUGUCAGAAUCAUGAGUCGCGUCGGAGCUUUGCCGGAAGGGAAGAGCAAUCCAGCGUUUGCCACGUCGCCCAGUAGCGCCGAGCUUGGCAGUGCGGUGAUCAAUGUGCACCUGGUGUCUGUGAGCAGUAAAGUGCCCCUGGACGCGGGCAACCAGCAACUGGUGCAGAGCGAAUUAGGUCCCAACUCCCAUUAUGACCCGUAUCAACACCGCGACGUCAGACACCCUACUAACAACACCGAGACAAUGCUGCACCUGCUCAAGGGCAGUCUCGGCACGGGCAUCCUGGCGAUGCCGAAUGCAUUCAAAAACGCCGGCUGGAUAAUCGGUCUGUUCGGCACCCUGUUCAUCGGCAUCAUUUGCACCUACUGCAUCCACAUGCUGGUGACGUGCGCGUACGCGCUGAGCGGGCGCAAAAAAGUCGCCAGCCUCAACUACCCGCAAACCUUUGAAGAGGCCCUCCGACAGGGACCUGGCAUCCUGCCCAAAUUGGCUCCGUACGCCGGGCAUUUUGUGAAUCUGUUCCUAUUUAUUUACCAAACUGGCACAUGCUGUGUCUACGUCGUGUUCGUCGCCUCAAAUAUCCAAAGUGUCGUAAAUUACCAUACCCAAGUGAACACUGAUGUGCAAAUCUUCAUGCUGUACAUUCUGCUGCCUCUGAUCCUUCUGAAUUAUGUCAGGAACCUCAAGUACCUCGCUCCGUUCUCGACUUUGGCGAAUAUAAUCACCAUCACCGGCUUCACCAUCACCCUUUACUACAUCCUGAGAGACGGACUGCCAGAAGCUGCCGACAGACACAUGUUCGGAACGCUGGAGGGCAUUCCGUUGUUCUUCGGCACGGUCCUCUUCGCUCUAGAGGCAAUUGGAGUGAUUAUGCCUCUGGAAAACAACAUGAAGACGCCCGUCUCUUUCGGGGGCGCCACUGGGGUGCUCAACCGAUCCAUGGUCAUCAUCAUCAUUAUCUACAUGGGUCUCGGCUUCCUGGGAUUUUUGCAGUACGGCGACCAGUCGGCUGGCUCCAUCACCUUAAACUUGCCCGACACCGAAAUACUGGCCCAAUCAGUGCAGCUGAUGCUUGCCCUCGCUAUUUUUAUCACGUACGCCCUUCAGUGUUACGUUUCUAUUGAGAUCGUCUGGAACAUUUAUCUUUCGCCACACGUCAAGUCCAAGGGAUACCGCAUCACUUUCGAGUUUCUCGUCAGGACGCUGCUCGUCUUAUUAACAUUUUUGCUGGCUGCAGCUGUGCCCAAUCUGGAGCUUUUUAUCUCGCUGUUCGGCGCUUUCUGCCUCAGCAUCCUUGGCAUUGUGUUGCCGACCGUGAUUCAGAUGGCCACGUUCGAGCAAGACAGGUCAGGUCUGCGCCUGGCCAAGAACACAUUCUUGAUUGUGUUCGGCCUCGUCGGUUUGGUCACCGGCACCUACAUCAGUAUUAAAGACAUCAUCCACGAGUUCUUCACGCAUCAUCCCCAUUAAAAAGACAGUAAUUCUGUGAAUCUGUUUUGUUGUACAUACUUUUAAGUAGUUGUUAUUUUAAAUUCUAAGCAAGCAAUUUGUUUUCAUCCAAAACCUAAAAUAAUUUUGUUGGGCAUUGAGUGUCCCUCGCGAAAUUGAACCAUCUAGUAAAAUUGCAAUUGAUUUGCGUGAUAACGUGUCUGUUUCGUUUGUAUAGUAUAAAUUUGUUUUUGGAUCAGUUUGCACAAUGUUAAAUGAUUUUUAAGACGAUGAAAAGAUGACAAUUGGCAUUUACGAUAAUGCCGGUUUGAUAUUUUUGUAUCUAUUAGUUUGAGCAAUGUAUGUGAUUCAAAAGACAUUAUUGAAUAACUUAUUCUACUGUGUAGUCUAUAUGUACAAAAGAGCGCUGCGGCUGGAAGAAGCGUAACUAUUUUUUGUCAAAUGGAAAAGCUGAGCUAAGCGAAUAAAAGAUCAACGCUAAAAGACAAUUCAACAA